GCGCGCGCUACCUACCAGCGAGCAAGGCAACUACGUCGAUCCCUCACAGGAACGCCAUCAGCUGCUCGGGGAGUCAGUGUGGCACCAGCUGUGCGAGUUGGUGGUUGGGUGAAGUGAGGUGUACGGUGUCCGGGCUGUGGUGCACGAUGCUCGUGGUGGACGGGGGUGCCACCCCUGCUGGCGACGCCUCGCCGUCGCUGCUGGACUCGCCCACCCUAGCGAGGGUCGAGCGCGCGAGGCUACGACAAGAGGGCGGAGAGACGCCACUCAGACACACGGCGUGCUGUCAGUCGUUGCUGUCGAACAGAGGACGGGAGAUGCACGCCAUCAAGAAGGGGUUGCUCUGGCAACAGAGGGACCGGAUCUUCUCACGCUGGAAGGAGCGAUACUUCAUCCUCACCAGGGACUACCUGCACUGCUUCAAGAGGGCUUCCGGGUCGGGACCUGACCGGAUAUCCGACAUGGGCCAGUUCAUAUUCAAGGUGAAGCUGGUGGAAGUGGACAGAGUGGAGUGGAUCAACAAGAAGACGUACAGCACGGUGGUUCUGGACCUCGGCAGAGAUGGGAGGGUCCUGCUCAGGGCCCCAGAAGGACUCGAGGACUGGUUUGAACUCCUGGAGGAGUGCACUCUGGCGAGCAAGGAGCGGCGCAAGGCUCUGCGGAUCUCGCGCGACCCCAGCCAGCUGCAGCAGAACGGAGACCCUCGCGACUCCAUCAGCAGCUCCCUGGACGAGUGGCUGCUGGCCAGGCACAAGAUAGCUGGCCUCCAGAACCUCGCAGACUCGGUUCCAGAUCUGAACCACGACGGAGACUCCAGGAGGUCCAGCCGGGACUGUGACCGAGAUAGUUCCCACGAGGAGAGUCAGUGGCUCCGCAGGAGGCCUGCCAAUCACGAGCAGAGACUUUCCCUGCUGACGGAUAUAGACAUCAACAGCUACGAUGUGCAGAUGGAUACCCCUCCUCCUUCCGUUCCCCCGUCCUUCAGGGGACGACCAACCAGCUACCGCCUCAACAGUGAUGUGUUCUUCAUGUCUGCAGCUCCGAACGACGACCGGGAGCGACACCGCUAUGGAGGCGGCGGCGGUACGGCUACACCGUCCUUCUGCAGCACUCGGCCGGUCCUCACACCCGUCGGCUCUUUCCGGAGCACGCACCUCUUCAACCCCUCCAAGAUGGCUGCGGACCGAUACUCCGUCAUGAGCGACGCUCCGCAAGUGUCCCGAUACAGAGAUCGUUCUCAGAGCGAGACGCACAAGCAAGAACGCCACAACUGGAAGGCUACAACUGAGGCAACCAGAAGGACCAGUUACUUGGUGAAUGCUACUCAAGUUUAAGAAGAUGGUCAUAAUUUUUAUACAUUUAUAAAAAUUUUAGACAUAUGACUUGCACUUAAGACUAAAAUAUAAAUAUCACUUUGUUACCAAUGGAAAGACAUUACUAGCAAGCAAUAUAGAUAUUUUGAUACAUAACUUAUGUUAUAAAUAUCAUAAACUAGCAAAAUGUGUAUGGCUAUAUACAUGUAAAAAUGAAAAUGAAAUAAAAAUGUAUUAAAAUAGAUAACAAACCUUCCAAGUAUUUCCUCAUUUGAUACAAAAUUUCAUUCAGAAAAA